AUGACAGGAAAGCUCCCUCCAAUUUCUCAAUUUCAAGCCCACCCAGCACCUGGUCUGAUGAUUCCACACCCUCCUAAUCAAUCCCGCUCUCAUGAGUCAACCCACUCUCGUAAGCUCUCCAGCAGCUUUUUUUCUCAGUCCCCGUCUCCUUCUCCAAGUCACUUACCUCUUCCUCAACUCCCUCUUCCUCCACAUGCCAGGCCUCUUCCUCCUCUCCAGAAGUAUGUAGAUUUUUCAGUUUUCUGCCCCAUCUGUUAUCCCACUGUGGCAUAUACCUGCCCUCCCCACUACCCUACCAUAAUACUCUACCUGCCCUGCUCUUCUGCCAUUCGCCACAAAUCAUUCAUUUGUCAAUGCCGUGGUCCCAGAACUCUUGCUGGUAACUCCCCUAUCGAUCACCCUGGCCCUCAUCGUAGUCCUCCUCGCCAAGGCUCUGGUCCCAGAACUCUUCCCCAUGACUCCCCUACCUGUCCCUCUACUCCUCCUCCUAGUCCUGCUUGCAGAUGUCGUCCCAGAGCUGUUUCCUGGGACUUCUCUACCUAUUCCCCCACCCCUCCUCCUUAGCCCUACUUCUUUCUAGUCCCCUGUCCUCUAGUCCCCAGCCCCCAGCCCCACCACCCCCAACUUGGCCCCAUGGCUCACACGUCUCAUCUUGGAGAUGCUUUCCCUGCUCCUGGAGCCA